ACGUGAUUGACAUUUUAGGAUUGGGAGACAUCGGCGCAAUCGCAAAAGCAAAGCAAAAUACCCUGGGCCAAGACGCAUGUUCAAAAAGAUUUAACACGGCCGACGAACCAGCAGCGAGUGAAUAUCGAUUAUAAAAUAGGACAAAAGUUUGCUGCCCUCAAAAAUGAGGCUAACGUUUAAAGUUGAUAUUUGAUUUAUGGAGUUUUUAAUCAUGAUACGGAAGGCUUUGCUCUGUUUGACGACCUUACACAUAUACAGGGUGUCGGCGCAGGGCGAUUGCACGGACUUUCGUGGGAGGUUGAUAUCGCACGGGCUCCACUAUGUGCCUGGCCCAGACACCUGCACGCUCUGUGUCUGUGACAAUGGCAUCCCCAAGGUCUGCAAAGCAGUACUGUGCUCUCCACCCCAGGACUGCCGGUCGUUUCGCGUGGGACACACGUGCUGCGAGUUCAUCUGCUUAGACGACGUGGUGAAGCCUUCGGAGGGCGCGGAGGCGAAUGUUCGCGUGGCGGCGGGUGGCGCGGCCGGCGCGGUGCUUCUCACCGUCGCGCUGGUCGUGUACCGCGUGCGCCGCCAGAAGCGCCGCCGCCCGCCGCACGCCGACGACCAGCGGAGCCUCACUAGCAUCGGGUGAGUCGCACUAGUGGACGAGCGAAGCCGGCGGAGGGCGCGGCGGCGAACGUUCGCGUCGCGUUCGUCGUGUACCGCGUGCGCCGCCAGAAGCGCCGCCGCCCGCCGCACGCCGACGACCAGCGGAGCCUCACUAGCAUCGGGUGAGU